AAUCGUUCUCCUGAUGCAAAGCUAUUGGCAGCAAGAGGAGCACCAGGAACGUGAAGGAGGAGAAAACUCUGCGAGGUCAAAUUCCAAAGUUCAAAGGAGUUUCGACUUAAGAAUGCAUCCUCAGUACUUGAAGAAGAAAAGAGUCAACGUCCUCAAGAGUGAUGUCUUUUUCUAGGAAGAUACCAAAGCGAACGCGUCAUUACCAAGAAGGGAACUGUUUUUUCCCGCCAUUAGGCUAGUAGUACUAAAGGGGACACCAUGACGAUGAUGAUGAUUAGCUCUAAUAUCUUUAUCCUCUAGGAAGAUGCCCGACUAUUCGUAUCUUGAGCGAGUGCACCGCUCUGACCAAGUUGAGGCGAUUUCUGCGGAGUAUUUCGCACAGUUGCUCGCAUUCUUACACAUUUUCUUGCAG